ACUAUCAAGAUGUGCGAACUUCAAUGGUUCAUUUCUCUGCCAUUUCUCAAUGGAUAUUUGCAAUGAUGUAUCCUUGGAAAGCUAUUGACGUGUACUUUCUGUUGGAAUACAGUCAGUCGUCAGUUGGAGAAGGUCUAGUUACUCAACGGUAAUUCAGUUAUCAUCAGGACACACGCACGUACGUGCAUGUACAUGGUAGGCCGCCCGCAUGCUUGGACAUGGCAUUCGUGCUUUUGUACAUGUACUUACACUCAUGAUCCAGCACUUCCGAUGUUCUGCUACAGACUGACGGCAGCGGCACUGUUUCGCCGAAGACUAUCAUGUUAUCAUGUUUCUGGCAGACUUCUGAAGGGUGUUUCGGACGUUUGGAUUUCUCUCGGCCACCUGGCUGCUGGGGCGCGGUGGUCUUUUUUGAAAACAUGGACGCUUCUGUUUUUGUUCAUGCAGUUCAGCUUUUUCGAAAUUUUCGAAUCAGGCCUGGGUCAGACGGCAAGCUAUGCGAGGAUGUAAUGUAGUUAAUCAGGUUCGCUGGGAUGUAUGUUACUUCUGGUAAUGUUCAAGUGUUAUAGGAUAUCACAAGUCAUAAAUUAUGUGUUGGCUACGUUUUGAACGGACAAGCAAGCUGCAACAAGAAUGGGUAAAUUAAAUAAACACUUGACCUAUUUGGAAAAUGCGUCGGUCUCUACUUUUUAUACAUCAUUCAAAUUCACUUAAACUUGAAUACCGCGUAAUCGCGAUGAUAUGUCACAUCUCGUCAUAUUAAAGUCGAUAACGCUAUAAAUAUUGCUUUCGGCUGCCACGCAUUUCACUUCGGUACUCUCAAUCCACCCAGGCUGACUACUUCGUAUUUAAGGCUGAGGAAAAUAAAACAAGUAUCGUCUGCAGAAUGAGUGACCCCGCCCCGGAUCCCAACCAGCAAUGCACCCCAGAGCAGCUGACUCCAAUCCUGGGGGACCAUCUCACGCCUCAAUCAAGCACUACUGAACCCACUGCGACCCCGGAGUGUGCGCAGGAACCGGAGAGGAAAAAAGCAAAGAUAGACGUCCCACAAAGGGAACCUUCUCCGCAACCGUCCUCUAACAAUGCUAAAUUGGAGGAAGACGAAUUGCACAACAAGUUAAUGGAGGAACUGACACGAAGUCUUGAGGCAUUGGAAAAGCCAAAAUUUAAUCAAAUUAAAGAAGAGUUCAAGCUCGGUUCAGGAUUACUAUUACCCGAGUAUAAAGCAGCAGACAGUGCGAAAGCGUUGAUGGACGCUUUAUUUAGGAAAAAAGUCAUCAGAAAAGGUUCUUACGUUGCAUUAGAGUGUGCGCUUCACAACCAUUGUGAGAGUGUCUUGGUUGAGUUGAUUGAAGACUAUACAAAAAAGAUCGCUGUGGCACAAUGGCUUAGGCAAAAUAAAGCUACUGCCAUUCCACACCGAGACGAUAGAAAUGACGAAAUAUAUUCAAUCCCAAACAAUGGAACGAAGGGACUCUUGGUCAUAUUCAAUCAGUUCACGAGCACAAGAGAAGGGACCAUUGAGGACGAGAACAAGUUGAAGCGUUUGUUUACUGACACAUUUGGUUUCGUCGUUAAAAGUUAUCGAGAUAAGACGAAAGAAGAAAUGUUGGAGACAAUUUCGAAUAUUCGCAAAGAAAUUAAAAGAGACAAGCCUGCUCAACUAUUCCUUGCAAUUCUGAGUCACGGUACCGCGGAAGGUGUAUUGACUCGCGUUCCUCAUCCCGAAGCUGCCUUAAGUUCAAAACUGAAUUUAAUGAAAGAUGAUCUAAACAAAGGAAAAGACUUUGGCGAAAUAAAGAAGAAUCUAGUUGCGCUGUUGGAUCCGGGAGAUGAGUUGAAGCUGAAUGAGUCCGGACCCAUUUCAUCACAUUUCAACGAUCUAAGGAAAUUUGCAGUAAACUACUUUUGCGAAAAAAAGAAGAAUCUAGUUGCGCUGUUGGAUCAGGUAGAUGAGUUGAAGCUGAAUGAGUCCGGACCCAAUUCAUUACAUUUAAACGAUCUAAGGACAUUUGCAGAUUGCCAACUGGUGGUGAAGUUUCUGGAACAAUUGGGAAAAAUAUUCCAUCAGCUUGAGGAAAAAACAGCGAAGAAUUCGCGAGAUGAUACCAUCAAAGCUUUUGAAACCCUAUUCGAUACUGUCCGCAAGAACUGUGAAAACGACGAGCAUGGAAUUAAAAGCGAUGCCAUGCAUGCAUUUUUGCAUUUGAGGGAAGGUGUGGAAAAAGAUAUUCACAAGCAUAUGGAUCAUCGAGAAGCCAAAAAUCAGCCAAAUAAAGAACCGGAGUCCAAGCAGUUACACAAGGAUGUAGAAGCAAUUGUACGCCUAUUUGAUAAACACUUUAAGAUCAUACACCCAGAGGCGGUUGCAAGAGAAUUUUCCGCCGACAGAUCGCAAGAACUUGCAGACAAACCGAAGAUUUUCGUGAUUCAGGCAUGUCGUGGUAGACUUAACCAGCCUAGCUUUCCCGUACAAGUAGAUUCAGAUCCAGAUCCAGAAACAAAACCAUCUGAUCCAAGUAGCCUGGCUAUACAACCGUGCAAACAUCGUACUCCGGCCGAUGUGGAUAUCCUCAUCACCUACGCCCAAACCAAAGGGUACAAGGCCCUUCGUGAUAAAACAACUGGAAGUUGGUUCAUACAAGAAUUGGUAGACGUAUUUCAGAAACACUUUGAGAAAGAGCACGUCCUUGAUAUGCUGACGAUGGUGAACAAUAAAGUAGCAAGAAAAGAACCAGAUGUUCAUCGAUUCAAGGCGUUUACGAUUGAACAAAUUACAGACGCCCGCCAGACACCGUGCCUAAUGUCUACACUCACAAAGAAGUUAUAUUUGACCUGCUCUGACAAAUAGAGCUAAAAGAAAGAAAAUGAGGAAAAUGAUAUUUUGGCUUUCUUGGGUCAUUUACUAAAGCCAUAAAACACAGCAAAUAAGUCGCUCCUUUCUAUGAUAUCCAUAAGUGACCCAUUUUCGCACAAGGUUUUCUCAACUUCAGAGUGAGAGAUAUUCUGAAGUCCAUAUCUCAGCCCAACAUCAAGAGAUCCUCAUUUAUCAAGCGUCAUUUUAAAGAUAACUUUGUGCAGAAUAAGCCAGUACCAACAACUCAUUUCAAGAGCUUUACCUAACAGCCUCAUUUUGCUAGAGCGGGUCACAUAUACCGGACUUUAAAAUGUGCUGGUAUUCAUCCCGAGUAGAUGAGGACAGUUCCACAGCGCUGUAGGACAUUAUACUUUCAUCCAACUCAUGUAUAUCCAAGAAUAUACUGCUUGAAAUAUGUUCUAUGGUCACGAGUAAAAUGCUUCAUUUAUCUUAGAGUGUGUAGUAAAGACCAUUUAGUUCAUUGAUGACCACAUCGAUGCAAUUGUAAAUAAUCCCCCUCGUGCCACACACACACGCACCCCCAUCCCCCACCCCGACCCCGACACGGAUUUUGACAGGGCGGUUAUUAAGAUACCCUCCAUGGAUAGACCCUUCAAAAGGAAAAGGUGAUAAGGCGGGGUGGGGGUCGUCGAUUUCGCUGAUAUUUCUACCAUUGCUUAGUCGUAUGAUACGAUUUGGUUGAGUAUUUUUCAGAAAAAAACAAUAUUCAGGCCAAUCUCCAACUUGGCCGGGCAAUUUUGCGAGUGCGAAUGGUGUACAUGUUAUAGAAAAAAAGGCCGUCGGGCAUCAUGCAAAGUGUUUUUUUACACUUUUCAGGAAGUUAUAUAUCGAGUGGAUAGAAACGCGCCGAACUUCAUGGGUUAACUGGCAACUCCCAAUUGUUUCCUUGCACGCUAAUGAAAUUACAGAUCUGGUAUUUCUCAACUUAUUCCGAAAAAGUGUUGUUGAAAUAUUUGUUAGUCUCCAUGUUAGUCUCUAUUUGACAGCAAAUUAAAGAAACCUGUCAAAAGUAGCAAUGUCCAAAAUUGUCCCGGAGGCGUUGCUUGCAGCGACACUCGGCAACCAAAGACAAUGGAGCACAUGUAUGGUUAUUUUUCGAUUUGCUUUCUAGACAGAUAAAGGUCAUAGUCUAAAACAAGAUUUGCAGUGCAGAAGGGCAGCAGGGCGGUGGGGCUAUCGAUCACUUAGCAUGCUUAGUGUCGACAAGCCGAUUCUCAAGUAAUGAGUUUGAAAUUGUGAGUGACUUUCACUUUUAUUUGACAUCAUACUUGAGCAUCGUGGAGGAAAUACAUGGAUUUUCAUUACGUUUGACUUGGUGCCUUUUGAGAUACAUCGCUUUAAAUUUUGGGAUAAUAUUUGAUAUAACGAGGGUAUUCUGAUGAUAUUUGGACACUGCAAAUUUUGACACAUUAUUUUAAUUUUGCAAUCAAUAUAAAAUUAUCCAAUCUAUCUUUAACACAAUUCAGAACGGAGUAAAAAAAAAAGGAUUUAUUAUAUACCAAAUCCAAUUGCCAUUGGCUCGAUAACUUGGUAGUUAUUAACCCUCAAAUUUCAGUGCAUUUUUUAUUUCACCUGAUAUUACCGGUUUUUUAAUAAGUCCGGGUAUUAUUCCCGACUAGACGAGUACAAUCCAUAUGCACUAUAUGGUCGGUCUUUAUCCAACCCAUGUAUAUCCAAGGAAAUACUACUUGAAAUAAUAUAUUCAUCACGGAUAACUUGCUUGAUAUAGAGUGUGUAGUAAAUAUCGUUUAGUUCAUUGAGGAUCUCACUCAGAAACAGCCCAUUUCUCCUAUUCAGGACAUUUGCACAACGUUAUCAAAAUAGAAACAAGAAUCCAUUUUCUUGCACAACAAACAUUACGUUUCUCGAGCCCUUGAUCGCGAUCCGGAUUUUGUUUAAUCUUCCCUCAAUAUCAUCCAUUGUUCCCGACCGAGCGUGAGCCUAUUCCUCAACGCCAAACAAUAGUAAGGAAGAUGUUUUUUAAAUGAGCCACUCUUCCUAUUACAUAUAACUUUUGUAGCCGGAUUGCAAUGGCUAGUUACAUCACAAUCCAACAAAGGGCAGCAGGGUUAAACACCUCCUUUAUGUUAAGGAUAUGGGUCACUUUUUUGUGUGAUUAUAACCUAACCAGAGCUGUAUAGACAAACCUCAUAAACAAUACAUCCUGUGUCACCCCAGGUAGAGAUUAGGCUGACGUUACAUAGGCCUCAUUCGUUCACUUCCCACAUGUCACGUUCCCCUUAAUGCGUUCGUUCCUCACUGAAUGCAUGCCACAAGGCCGUGCAUUCACCGAGGAACGUUAAGUAAAGCUGGAACGUGACAUGUGGGAAGUGAACGAAUGAGGCCUAUGUAACGUCAGCCUUAGGUGCACUAUGCUUAGUAUAUUCUAAAAACUCGAAUACAAGGAAUGAAGCUCCGCCCCCAGUCAUUACAAUGAAGGAGGGAUUCUAAAACCUCAAUAUCAAUUCUAAAGAAACGACACAAUGGGUCUAUUUUAUUACAAGGAAUUGGCCUAAUAAACAAACCAGUGACGUUGAUUUCUUUUCAUUGUCAAUGUCAGCCAAGAUCAGAGCGUGAUUAUAACACAUACGACUCCAUUGGCCCAUGCUAUUGAUAAAAGAAUAAUACCUGACUUAUUGGUCCAUUCCCAUUCAAAACUAUUGCAAUGAUUGGGGACGGAGCCUCAUUCCUUGAUUUCUAGGUUUUAUAGUAUGUAAAGUGUAGCCAGGACUACUCUGACUUGAAACAUUUUUGAUUUUGGUAAAUGGUGACUUUGGUGAACAGAAAUUUAACAAAUAAUAUAAACGUUAUUUUGUUCUUAUGACGCUUUAUGUUUAGGACAAUUUUGUUAACACUGUGAUAGACUGAUAAUUAGGUAUGUGAGAACAUGAAUAAAUGAGCUGUUUAUGCAGUAAAAUGUCUUAUCUUACAAAAAAGAGGAUUCGUAAGCACUCUCUUUGCAUAGAUGUACAACAUACAUUGUACAAAGUAAACAAGCUUCAUUCUAAACAAUGCAUUCUGUGUCACCCAAGGUAGAGAUUAAUUACCAGUAUAUCUACUAUGCUUAAUACACAUAUCAUUGUUUAGUGUAGCUAGCACUACUCUGACUGGAAGAAUGGUUGAUUUUUGAUAAUAGUGACUUCGGUGAACAGACAUUUCACAAAGAUUAUAAAAGUUAUUUUGUUCUUAGGACGCUUUAUGUUUGGGCCAAUUUUGUUGGAACUAUGACAGACUGAUUAUUAGGUCUGUGACAACAUGAAUAUAUGAGCAGUUUUUACAGUGAAAUGUCUCAUCUUUCAAAAAAAGAUGUUUGCAAGCACACUCUUUGUAUUAAUCUACAAAAUAUAGUGUUUCAAUAUUGGUUGAAGUCUUGCGUAAAUUUUGUUAAAACCACUGUCAGAUUUAUGACUUUGAUUGCCUGAACAAGAAUAUACAUGCAUAUGCUUUUUUGCCAAGAGAUCAUUUAUCUUUGUAGAAAAAAUGGUUUUAUAAACCCCACUUUCACAAAGAAACCUCAAAACUAGUGAAUUGUCACAAACCUUAUUCUGAAUUGUCACAAACCUUAUUCUGAGGACGCUUUGUGUUUCGGCUAAUUCUGUUCAAACCUUGACUGACUGGUUUGUGCGACCAUUGAUAUUGUAUAGUGCUGCGCACUAUACCACUAUUUAUUGAACAAUCACUUCACGUGAAAUCAUGAACUGCUGUAAAUAAAUUCCUUGUAUUUAAAUAUUGUUUCAUGUUGCGAACGAGUAAGGGCUCUUAACAAGGACUUACAGUUAAAAGGCCUUCGACCUUAAUUGAUGAUAUGAUAUGAAUAUUGCUGAUAUGAUAUAAAAGUUGUUAUUUAGAAUCCUUCUCAGACCCCUCGCUUGUUUGAAUGUCAUGAAGCAGUAUCGUGUUGCAUGCUACUAUUAGGCCACUUAUUCGCUUUUCGGGCUUCAUUGCACCCUAGUCAAAACAUUAAUCACCCCCUAGCAGGUGCCUUAUUAUAUAAGUCUGAUUAACGAAUUUCUAUUAAAAGAACAAAAUCACCGUCACAGCAUAUUUCAUCAUGCUAAGAAAUGCAUUUCUAGAAACCAUGAAUAAUUGGUUGAGUAAUAUCUAUGCAAAGUUUUGAAUUGAGCAAUAUCUAGAAAUACUGAUAUAUGUUAUUCGGCGAAAUAAAGCUUUGAGAAACAGUUUAUAUUAUCUUUAAAUAAAUCAUUAUGUGAGAUAUGUUUCGUAGCAAUAACUAGUACUGUAUCCAAUAUCAAUGUAUAACCUGUCAUAAUUUGCCUUUAGAUAUAUAUUUAUCUGUUAGGAAAUACCAUAAAAUAUGUACCAAUCAUUGUGAAAUACAAUGAGUCAUUUAAUGCAAUCCCAGGGAGAUCACCUCAAAAAGUCAGUUUAAAGCAGAAAAAGGUAUACAUCUGACGAGUAAAUUGACUAAAAUUGCACAUCUAAAUUCCUGGAAAAGCAGGUAAAUUCCUGAACUAAAACGGGUAUAUAAAGGGCAACAAGUUGCUUGAGGGCAGACUUGGAAGACUGGAGAACACACGGUCACACUUAACUCGAGACACAUAUGGUCAGACUCACUGACAGGCUAAAUGGUCACUGAGAUCUGAAACCCGCAGAAGCUCCCAGUUUCCCGUAUUUCACAUAUUUCGGAUAAACCUAAAUCAUUUCAUUCCACCUGAAGAAAAUACACGUAAGUUUGCCAAUUUCACUUAUUUUUCUACAUCAUGAUUAUCAUUCUUGCAUUGAUACGUGCCUAAUUAGCAACCAUCUUGAUUACUAUCACUACUGGCUUUGAAGUGAUCUCCCACGGUUUACGAAUGGAAAUUAUUUAUGAUAAGACAUAAUUACUAUUAUGUACAGUUUUAUCUGCUGAUUUCAACAACUUCUAAGCGGUAUUCAGCCCAAAUCAUAUUUAGGCCUUUAUAUUUCAUCCUCCUCCUACUAUUGAAAAUUCUCCGCAAUAAAAGUAUAUUUUAAUCUUAUCUUGAUAAUAUAGUGUGCUAUACUAACAACCUUUUGCAUCAAUUGAUUCCUGGCAAAGAGGUACGAUUCUUGCAGGUGCCCCAUUAUACCAAGAAAUACCUCGUGUUUAGGACUCAGUUUGUCUGUGUCUUCAUUAAAGUAGGACCUUGUGUGAUUCCUUGAGCAAAACUCUUCUUACCAUAUCACAAAAGUAAGAAUUAGUCCC